AUGCAUCGGGCUUUGACAGCGCGGUGGCUCAACCGAGCAUUGAGCAUCGGCGAGGCUUCUGCCUCUACUGGCGUGCCCCUGUUUCUGUGUCCCGCCGUGGGAGCUUCUGCCCGCUGGAGGACAUCUCUUUUAGCUGCGUCCCCGCGGCCGGCCGUCUACUCUCCGCGACUGAACCACACCGAAGCGACGACAAACGAUGCGCCUGUUCCCACGUCUACGCCGACGCCUACGCCCAGCCUAGAAGAGGCUACGUCCAAAGAUGCUCUGCCCCAGAGGAGACUCCCAAUGAACUGCACCGGCUGUGGUGCCUUUGCGCAGACCAGCGACCCGGAGCUGCUCGGAUACUUCGACUUGGAGAGCAAGAGGGUGAGGAAAUGGCUGAAUCCCCGCGUCUCUGAAAUUAAGCUCAACGAGAGCGAGGAAGAUGGAGUCGUGGACGAGGCGCUCAAGUCUAUGGACCCCAGCAAGCUGCAAGAGCUGGGACUUGACCCUUCGAUCCUGCUGCCGACUGGAGAGUCGGAGGGUGCUGCCAUGGCUGCACUUGUACCCGAUAAGCAGCCUAUAUGCGACCGAUGUCAUAACCUGCAGAACUAUAGCACGACCAGCAGCACAGCCAAGGUACCUAUGCACCACCCAACCGUCGAGUCGCUGCGCGAGACGAUUGAGGAGUCGCCGCACAAGUACAACCACAUCUACCACAUCAUCGACGCCGCCGACUUCCCCAUGUCGCUACUGCCGCGGCUGAACGUGCUGCUGGGCGACAUCCCUAUGCGAACUCGCAACCGACGCUCGCGGGCGGGCAAGUACAUAAAGGAUCGCAAGACGGAGCUGAGCUUCAUCAUCACGCGGAGCGACCUGCUCGGCCCGACUAAGGAAAUUGUCGAUUCGAUGAUGCCGUACCUGCGGGAGGUGCUGCGAGAUUCGCUGGGACGUCUUGGUGGGCGGGUGCGUCUGGGCAACGUCAGCUGCGUCAGUGCAAAGCGAGCGUGGUGGACCAAGGAUAUAAAGGACAAUAUCUGGAAGCGGGGAGGCGCGGGCUGGAUGGUUGGCAAGGUCAACGUUGGGAAGAGUCAGCUGUUUGAGGCUGUCUUCCCGAAGGGUAGGAUGGGCACUAUUAAGGAUGCGGAGCAGACCUCUUUCCGGGGCGCCAUCAAGUCAGAGUUGGCCGCAGCACAAGAGGACGAAGCCGACCCUUGGGAGGAUGUGGAUGUUGGGGAUCUGCUGCCGCCUCUCCAACCUGCAAAGAACUAUCCCGAUAUGCCGCUCGUCUCGUCACUGCCUGGCACAACCGCAUCGCCAAUCCGAGUUCCCUUUGGCAAUGGCAAGGGUGAGCUAAUCGACUUGCCGGGCCUGGCUCGGAGCGACCUGGAGCUAUUCGUCAAGGAGGAGCACCAACAGUCUCUGAUCAUGAAGAAGCGAAUAGUGCCUGAGCAAAUCUCACUGAAGCCGGGCAAGUCCCUGAUUCUCGGCGGAGGACUGAUUCGCAUCACCCCCAAAACACCCGACAUGGUAUUCCUGGCCUACAACUUUACGCCUCUGGAAGAGCACCUCACCCAGACGGAAAAAGCUAUCGAUUUCCAGCAGCAGAUACGGCAGUCGCCUGGUGUCCCGAGCAUCGCCCUGGAUGGCAUUGGCGAGAAAAUGAAGCACGCCGGGACGUUUAAGCUGAACCACGACGUGACGAGGAGGAGGGCAGGGCCCUUGACGAGGAAGAGUGCAGUUGGGCUGCAGGUUGAUCGCCUGCCAUUCAGGGUUCUGUCGACCGACAUCCUGAUUGAGGGUGUUGGAUAUGUCGAGUUGGUCGCCCAGGUGCGAGCCCGAGAUGUCGAUGUUCCCGCGGCCCCUGUGCGCCGAGUGCGCCGAGUCAGAUUCGUCGAGGAGAAGUGGGAAGAACCACGCAAAAGCUCUGAUCCCUUUGCCGCCCUCAUCAGCGAGCGAAGGGACUCAAAGGAGACGAAGAAGAAGACGGUGGACAAGCCAAGGUACGAGACGAUUGUCGAAGAGCCUGUGGAAUCUGCGCAGCCCAACUGGCCAGCUGUCGACGUCUUCAGUCCCGAAGGCCGGUUUAUCGAUUCACGCAUGCCCAUCAACGGGUGGCUGAAUAAUAAGCCGCGGGUGCUGGCGCAACACAAGAGAAGCCGUCCGCGUAAGAGCAUGAAGGGAGAGAAGAAGAAGGCCAAGGAGGAGCGACGCUCAGCUUCGGACUGA